AGCAUAUGGUUGCAUCGCAGCGUUAUCCGCUACCCCGAUCCCGCCGCGGCCGCGUGCUUCUCUUCCUCACCCUCUCCAUCCGAGCUCCAGGACGGGAGGUGAGGUGCUUCUGCUUGCUCACGUGCGGACGAUCGAUCCACCCUGCAGCUGCAGGUCCAGGUCCCGAGCUAUGCAGCACAUAACCAGCGCGUGCAAGCCGAGUCACGCCUCGUGCGCAGCAGCAGCCGCGCCCCUGCCGCCGCCGCCGCCCAGGCCAUUGCUCAGACGAGCAGCAGCCGUCCCCAUCCCCAGCCGUCGUGUUGCAGCUAGAGACGCAGCCUCCAGACUGGCGAUCCGGAGGAGAUGCCAAGAGGAUGACAAGCAGCAGCAGCAGCAAGAAGAAGCGGCGACCAACGAGGAGCAGAAGAGGACCUUCCUGAGCCUGGAGGAGGCCGGGCUGGUGGAGAUGUCCGGCCUCAGCACGCACGAGCGCUUCCUCUGCCGCCUCACCAUAUCGUCACUGAACCUGCUGAGGGUGAUAUCGGAGCAGGAGGGCGUCCCGAUCGAGGAGCUCAACGCUGGCCGCGUCUGCGACUGGUUCCUCAAGGACAAGCUCAAGAGGGAGCAGAACAUCGGCACCGCCGUCCUGCAGUGGGACGACCCUGGCUUCUAGCUCCACUACCAUCCUAAGCGCAAUCUUGUUCAGAUUCUGAAAAAAUACUAGAGGAGCAAGCACAGCGUGGACGACCAUAGUGCAACAGAGUUUAAUGUGUCAAUGCCAUUGCAGGAUGCUCAUGGUUGACAAGAGUUUGAUGCCACCAUGUUCGCUUGUUCAGUCUUGAUCAUACCUGUAAUCCACUUGUGUUCAGGCUAAACUUCCCCAUUCGGCCAUGUGUGGUUCAGGCCCUUUUGGGGUGAGCAACCAAGCUACAAAGUUCAGUAUUUUUGAUUAUUUCGGUUUGUAGAAUGGGUUCGUCAAAUCGGUCUAUGCAAUAAUGAUUUCAUCCCAACUCA